ACACCAAAGAAGAAGAAGAAGUUACGUCAUUAAAAAGAGACACAUGCCUGUCUUGCCUCCUGCUCACAGUUGUUACUAAAAUAAAGUUAAUAGAGUAAUUAAAUAUAUAAAACUGCAUCAUAGUGUAACAUAUAGUAAGAACGCGAUCUCACCGCUGCUUCCAGUGAGUUAGUGAAGACCUGCUGCGAGUACAAAGAUCUGAUGUUGUAGAAGUUCAAAGUUAGACUCAAGUCCUGCUGACAGAUCAUCAUCUCUGCUCAACUCCUCACUGCCAUUAGAGUCACGUUAGAUUCACGUUAGACCGCCUUGAAUUAGCUCGUUAGUCAUCUGUUCCCGAUGUGCCAGGUGGAUGAAGACUACCAUGGUCCUCUGCAGCGGGUGGAGGUGCCCAGUGUUUCUAAGAAAUGUGUGAAAUGCAAAGAAGGGACUGCCGCUGUGGUCAUCAGAGCAGGAGACACAUACUGCAGGGGCUGUUUCAAGGAAUACUUCAUCCAUAAGUUCAGGGCCGUGCUGGGCAAAAACAGGGUCAUUUUCCCUGGAGAGAAGGUGCUGCUGGCUGUAUCUGGAGGUCCUUCUUCCUGCUCAAUGCUCAGUCAAGUCCAAGAGGGUUUGAGUCAGAACGCUCACAAGAAGUUGCGAUUCUUACCUGGCAUCGUCUUCAUUGACGAGGGUGGUGCUGUAGGUCAGUCUGCGGAGGAGAGACGGAAGACGGUGGCCGAGCUGCAGGCUGUGUUCGAAGCUUCUGGUUUCCCCUUCCACAUGGUGGCUCUGGAACAGGUUCUGGACCUUCCCAGUUCAGUUGUGGUGACGGCCCCUUCGCCUUCAGAGCGAACAGCCUGCUCCUACAAAGCAGCCGUGGAUCAGUUCAUUCAGAGCGACAGCAGAGGCUGUUCAACACCACGGGAACAGGAGGAGACAUCCACGCCUGACGUCCAGGAGUCCCACACACAGCUACUGCAGCAGCUGAUCGGCUCUGCUAAGACGCUGACGGCCAGAGAAGACCUGCUGAACAUAUUAAGGCAGCAUCUGCUGGUGCACACAGCUCGGUCCGAAGGCUACAGCAAACUGAUACUGGGAGACAACUGCACCAGACUGGCCGUUAAACUGCUCACCAGCAUAUCGCUGGGCAGAGGAGCUCAGCUGGCUCAGGACACGGGUUUCUCAGACUCCAGAUAUGGUGACAUCAUGUUAGUGAGGCCAAUGAGGGACUACUCCGCUAAAGAAAUAGCUUACUACAACCAUAUGUUCAGCGUGCCCUCUGUCUUCAUGCCAAGCCUGGGCACUAAGACAAAAGACACGUCCAGCAUCCAGCGUCUGACAGAGAGCUUUGUCAUCAAACUGCAGGCAGACUUCCCCUCUACUGUCAGCACCAUCUACAGGACCAGUGAGAAGCUGCAGAAGAGCUCCUCCACAGCUGACCAAUGUGACCGAUGCCUGCUCUGUAUGUGCGCCCUGGACAGUGCUGUUGAGAAUUCUUCAGCCUUCAAGGCCACACUGAUCUCAGAGCAGCUCUCCCAGACUAAAUCUCCAGGAGCUACCAGUGCUGAGAUCCCAAGACAAAACCCAGCUCCCGCGGAGCCAGAAUCGACUGCUCUCACUGGACAGCGCUGCUCCUCUGGUGGAGGAGAGAAUUGUGGGAAAGCAGCAGGCGGUGGAGGCUGCUGUUCGUCUGCCAAGAUACCAGAGACGACCGAUCUGAAGAGCCUGUUGUGUUACAGCUGUCAGCUGACCGUCAAAGACAUGUCGUCAGUAGAACGUCUCCCGCAGUACAUCCUGUCCGAGGCUCAGAGGAGGCAAAGGAGGUCUCAGAUGAGAGAGGAGAUCAGUGAGUUCCUGCUGGAUGGAGGUGAUGACGGUGAUUAGAGGCAGCAGUGAAGCUGAAUUUUCACCUCCAGCAGUCCACUCUGAAGAAAUGUACAACACAAUUAUGCUCAUUUCAACCCGGCAGUGGAGUUUAUGUAAGGGAUAAUGUACAGCGAGCCGGUCGGGGAUCCUUUCACAACAAUGACCCGCUAGCUGUACAUUAUCCCGCUUAUUACACGGCUACUUACUGAAGAAAUUAAAAAUUUGACACAAAAAUGAUCCGCCAGAGUCCGACAUCAGAACUGCGCCAAUAGCAACGGGCUGCUAUACAUAUCAACGGUCUGCUAUACAUAUCAACGAUUUGCUAUACAUAUCAACGAUUUGUUAUACAUAGCAACGGUCUGCUAUACAUAUCAACGAUUUGCUAUACAUAGCAACGGUCUGCUAUACAUAGCAACGAUCUGCUAUACAUAGCAACGGUUUAUUAUACAUAGCAACGGUCUGCUAUACAUAGCAACAGUCUGUUAUACAUAGCAACGGUCUGCUAUAAAGAAAUAACAGACUGCAGAAUGCCUUGAUUGACCAAUCAGAAUUAAGUAUUUUACUACGCCGUGUAAUAACAAUGCUUAACAAAUAUAUUGAGAUGUAUAGAAAUUUUACAAAAGCAUCCAUUAUCUCGUUAUCCUGUGUAGGCUGCAUUUUUUUCUAACAUGGCCUAAUUAAUAUAUAUUCUCUCACACACACACACACACACACACACGGUGGAUUGAAAACCAGCACAUGUAUGAAGCACACAUGCGAUUAGGUAGUUUGCAGUUAACAUUGCAGAAACGGAACAUAAUGAAAGUAUCUAUUUUUACUGCUUUCUAUGCACAGUUUUACACAUUCGUUGAUUCAUUAUCUUGUCCUGUUAGAAUUCAAAGGCUGGUAUAAACGUGUGUGGUACUUCUAGAUAAACAGAUGUGUUAAUGCUGUUAUAAUGGAAUGUCACAUUUUUUAUUUAAAGCUGCUUUCAAGCCAUUAAAAUGCAUUUUUUCCUG